UUGCUUGGACUGCAAAUGGUUGUAGGCAUAAAUCGACUGUAUUUAAUUUUUAAUAAUAAAUAUGCAAUUUUAGUUGGAUAUUUUUAUACUGUAAUUAUAACAGGUUUGACCAUGUAUGUAAUACUGAGUAAUAAUAUGACUAGUGCUACCUAUAUUGUAUUUAGGAAUACUGUGGUAAUAGAAUUUGCUCUGUUGUCUUUCAACUCCAUGGUACUCUACAAAAAUACAUUUAAGAAAUUCGUUGAGAAAAUGGAAAUGUUUGAUACCAUGUUAAAUAUAAAAAAUCAUCGCCAACUCGACAGUUUUACUUUAAUACAUUUAUUUAUGUAUAUUUUUAUAUUCGCUAUACUUUUUAUCCUAGACCUGCUCUAUAUACUAAAUUUUGAUAAUGAAAUUCACGAUAAACAUGUAAAUUACGCGUAUUUAGCAAUGAACUUUGCGUUCAUCUGUCACGAUACAGAAAUUAUAUUUUUUUGCGUUCUACUUACAAUGAUUUUGAGACGCGUUAAGAUAAUAAAGGGACACGUAAGGAAGUUAUUUUUACGAGGGAAAAAUUCGAGUAAUAAGCUUGAAGGCUUGUCAUAUAACGCCAACUUGGAUGUCAGUCACCUGCACAACGCUUAUGAUUUGCUUCAUACGUGUUCGGAAAAACUCAACUCGGCCAUGAAUUUUCCGUUUGUCAAAUACCUUGUAACAUACACAAUAGUCUAUUGUAUGAAGUUCACAAUAUUUUUUAUAAUGCCCUGCUAUUGUUCAAAUAUUACGACCACACAAGCCGCUACUAUACGUACGAUGCUGCAUGAUGCUAUUAAUACCAAAGCACUUGGAAAAUAUGAACGCCGUAAGCUGAAGGCCUUCUUUCAACUGACUCAAGACAGUGAGUUUGCAUAUGCUCUGUGGGGAGUCAUCAAAAUGGAUAUGUCACUGCCUCUGAGCUAUUGCAGUCUAUGUGUCACAUACCUCAUUAUUGUUGUACAAUUUUCGAGAUUUAUAGAUUAG